ACCUACGAUAAGAAGUAUGAUAUCGACCCAUCGCCAUCGUCAUAACCUGUUCAUAAUCUAUACAUUUUCACAAUGUCCGAUGUAGUUGUUCCUAAGAAUCGAAACAUGGGCGUCAAGAGGGACUAUCAAGGCAAGGAGAAAGGCUCGGAUAGCAAACCUGUUAGAGACAUACCUCGCAAUGCGUACACUUCCAUGUUUGAGUCUUUUCGCAAUGAGUUGGAUGAGCAUCACGAUCGUCGCAUGAAGAUUGGAAAGGUUUCGAGAGAUGUCACAGCUCUCAGUAAGAAGAUCAUUUUCUCAUUACAACGCGUCCGCAAACUGAACCAACCGAUCCCUCGUCACAUCCAAGGAGACAUCGAGGCAAGGCUAAAGGAAAUAGCCGAACAUCUCUCUACCAUCGAAGAAGAUGUAACUGGAAUGAACCGCUACCGCUAUCCUCUCAUCUGCCUAGAGGAAUUCGUCGAAGCCAUUUCAUUUUCUCACUACCUUCAACACCAAAAACUCAUAACCCCUGCCCAAGCACAGGAGGCUCUACCGGCAAAUAUAGCACUCACAUCGCCGGACUACGUAUUCGGAAUCUUCGACCUCACUGGCGAGAUGAUGCGCUUCGCUACCGCCGUCACCGCUCUGAGCGGAAGUAUGCCGGGACUCAGCACCAAACCCGACAAUGGCGAGUCCGCGGCUAACCGGACCAUUCUCAACGAUAUGCAGGACGUGAGCUCUAUGCUGCAGAUCUGCCCGCCCUUUGGUGGUCGUCCUGGUACCUACUCGAAGAAAUUGAGUAUUAUGAUCGAGCAAGUGCGUAAGGUGGAGAGGCUUGGGUAUGGUAUCACGGUGCGUGGAAAUGAGCGCCCGAAGGGCUGGAUGCCGGAUAUGAAUGAUGCUGGUGGAGGUGAUAGGGAGCAGGAGGAUGUCGUGAUGGAUUGAAGAGUGUCUGUUGGUUCUUUGGGUGUCAUUUGUCGGCUAUUAAUGUCAGGGCUACGUUCAGUGACUGUGUUGCGGUCCUAUUUUGACGGAGCUAUGAUGGACAUUUGUCUGUCGCCUAUGGAAUAUGAAGGUCGGAUAGUGGACAGGCUUUACUGUUGAAGUCU